AUGGCUCAUUCAAAUCCAACGGAAGAAGAAAUUCCAUCAACUGAAGAAAACAUCAGACUGUUGUCUCAUUGGUUAGUCCAGUUUCCCAAACUACCUGCCAUUGAGAUCAAGAAGUUUUCCGGCAACGAAGAAAAUUGGCAUUCCUUCUUUGAGCUCUUUAACACAGUCAUUCACGAAAAUCCAAGGCUCAAAGAUGUAACAAGGCUCCAGUAUUUGAUGUCAUAUCUUGAAAAAGGACCACUGUCCUUGAUUGAUCACCUGACACUCUCCAACGCCAAUUAUGCCAGUGCUAUCAGCAUCCUUAAAACCAGAUAUGAAAGCAAAAGGAUUUUGGUCGCAUCUUACGUCAAACCUUUAGUCAGGUACAAGAAAUUCAAAAUCUACUCCGCUGAAGAUGUUAUUGGGCUACAUGAUCGCAUCAACGUGUCUCUUACGGGACUUAAGAAUCUUCAGUACGACAUCAGUUCCUGGGAUCCCUUAAUCGUAUCCAUCGCCAUGAACAAAUUUGAUUCUGAAACUGCUAAAGCUUUUGAGGAGACUUUGCCUGAUACAACGACGGUUCCAUCCUUGGAAGAACUUCAGAACUUCCUUACAAGAAGAUACAGAAUCCUAAAAGCCAUAGGAAACAACUCCAAGAGCAACUAA